GUUGACUUUUAGCCUCGAGCUAUUUGAAACUUAUUCAAACCUCAUUGGUGACCUACACGUUAUAUAAGGUUUUCGUCAACAUUGUUAGCAAUGUCGGUGUUAUUUUAAAAAAGCGGUAAUAAGAGCGUUGCUAAAACGCUUCAUCCCCUUUGUUGGACUAAAAAUGGUUUUGCCCUGAGUGGUGGUCUCGGUUUCUCGCUUGUUGUCAGACACUGUUGUGACUUCCUGGCUGCUAUCCGGGGUUGAAGGCUUCCUGUACCGCUUGAAGGUGCCACCGUUUGUGAACGAGGUCAUCCAUCCUGCGAACGACAUAAAUGUGAAUUUUAAUAACUGCAAAAUGGCGCCUGGGCCUCCAACUUAAAAACACCUUUAUCAGUUUCUCGCCUCUGACCCAGAAACGAGGGUAAACCUGCUCGCGUGGCAGAGGAAUUCCAUGAUAAACAAAGUGUUGAGUGAAAGCUUGUGUAAAUCUGACAACAAACGAGACCCCGAUAUGGGUGAAGAUUGGGGGGAGAGAUCCACGGCGGAGCUCAUGAGCAGGUACCUGGCCAAGGAGACUGGGUACGGGGUACCCAUGGCUGGGUGGCGCAUCUGUUUAGCCCACGAGUUCAAGGAGAAGAGGAAGCCUUUUCAAGCGAAGGAUGUGUCCCUGGCUAACAUCGUGGAGCACAUCGGCCUUGGAAUCAGGUAUCUCAGGUGGUGGUACAAGAAGACUCAGGUGGAAAGGAAGGCGCCGUUCAUCGACAUGUUUCGUGCGCAGCCUUUACGGCAGAUAUACGGUGCGCCAUUGGGAGGUAUCGGAGGAGGUACGAUAACCAGGGGCUGGAGGGGAGAGUUCUGCCGGUGGCAGCUCACUCCUGGGAUGUACCAUUACAAGACCGUGACAGCUAAUCAGUUUACCGUGUGUUUGCGGCGCGAGGGGCAAACGGUUUACCAACAAGUGCUCUCUGUGGAGCGCCCCCCGACCCUGCAAGGCUGGAACUGGGGCUACUGCGGCGAAUAUGCCUUCUAUCACGCCUUAUACCCCCGCGCCUGGACCGUGUACCACCUCCCGGGGCAAAACGUGACGCUGACGUGCAGACAGGUUUCCCCCGUCAUUCCUCACGACUACCAGGACUCUUCUUUACCGGUGGCGCUGUUCAUUUGGGACGUGGAGAACAAGAAUGACUUUGCUCUAGAUGUCACCAUCAUGUUCACGAUGCUCAACGGGUCCGGGCACAAGGACGAUAAAGGCGGGGGGCACUGGAAUGAACCGUUUCACCUUGAAAAGGAGGGGGAGGCCGUGUCUGGAGUAUUGCUGCAUCAUUCCGCAAUAGUCAACCCUUACACUUUAUGCAUCGCGGCUCGAGAGCAGCCGAACAGGGAAGUCAGCCAUCAGACCGCGUUCAGUCCAAAGGGAACCUGCGGAGGUCUAUGGACUGACCUCAUCACUGACGGACGCCUGGAUUCUCCCACAGGCUCCAGUCCGCCGACGCCCAAGGGGGAGAAGGUGGCGGCGGCAUUGGCUGUCGGUUGCCCGGUGCUACCUCAGUCCCGGAACACCCUGGAGUUCUGUCUGGCGUGGGACAUGCCCGUGAUCAGCUUCGGUGCUCGCGAGAGGCAGCAUCACAGGCGGUACACCCGUUACUUUGGGAGCAAAGGAGACGCAUCCCCUUCGCUCAGUCACUACGCCCUGACGCACUACAAACUGUGGGAGAAGAAGAUCGAGGAGUGGCAAGCGCCGGUACUGCAGGACAGUUCGCUGCCCUCCUGGUACAAGUCGGCCUUAUUCAACGAGCUGUACUUCGUGGCCGACGGGGGGACGGUGUGGACGGAAUUGCAAGAGGACGCGGACGUCAGCGGAGGUGUACGUAGCCGGGACGGCGGGCUACCGGCCCAGCCGCCUGUUGUCCAAGAGUACGGUCGCUUUGCCUACCUGGAAGGUGAACAGAGUGCGCUUCCUCCCGAGCGGUUGGAACUUUGCUCAAACGUCACAUGCUUUUUCACGUCAGGUCAGGAGUACAGAAUGUACAACACUUACGACGUGCACUUUUACGCGUCUUUUGCACUUAUCAUGCUGUGGCCCAAACUUGCUUUGAGUGUGCAGUACGAUAUCGCCGGCAGCGUGGUUCAGCAGGAUUUAACUGAGAGAUUGCACCUGAUGAGCGGACGCUGCGCCGCGGUCAAAGCCAAAAACGUGGUGCCUCACGACAUCGGAGAUCCAGACGACGAGCCAUGGCAAAGGGUGAACGCUUAUCUGAUACACGACACCGCCUAUUGGAAGGACUUGAACCUCAAGUUUGUCCUGCAAGUCUACCGGGACUAUCAUCUCACCCAGGACAUGCAGUACCUUACGGACAUGUGGCCCAUCUGCCAGGCGGUGAUGGAGUCAGAGUUGAAGUUUGACCUGGACGGAGACGGCUUGAUCGAGAACUCUGGUUUCGCCGACCAGACUUACGAUGGCUGGACGGUAACGGGACCAAGUGCUUACUGCGGCGGGCUGUGGCUAGCGUCUCUGUGCGUCAUGUGCAAAAUAGCCAGCCUGGUCGAUGACGAGGCGGCGCAACGACGCUACAGAGACCUGUUGGACCGAGGCCGCGUGGCUUUUGAUAAACUGCUUUGGAAUGGCAAGUACUACAACUACGAUAGCAGCGGGAGAGAGUUUUCCAACAGCGUCAUGUCAGACCAGUGUGCCGGCCAGUGGUUCCUGAGAGCAUCUGGGCUUGGCGAUGGAGACUACCAGGCCUUUCCCAAGGAAAACAUCAAGGCCGCUCUCCGAUCGGUCUUCGACUUGAACGUGAUGAGCUUCGGCGGCGGUCAGAUGGGGGCUGUGAACGGCAUGCGGCCCGAGGGUGUGGCCGACCGCUCCAGCGUCCAGUCCGACGAGGUUUGGAUCGGUGUGGUGUAUGGACUGGCUGCCACCAUGAUCCACGAGGGCAUGUUAGCGGAAGGUAUGCGCACGGCUGAAGGAUGCUACCGCACGGCGUGGGAGCGGCUGGGCAUGGCCUUUCAGACGCCAGAAGCGUACUGUGAAAAGUCCAUCUACCGUUCGCUGGCGUACAUGAGACCACUCAGCAUCUGGGCCAUGCAGCUUGCUCUGGACCGCUCGCGUCUCGGUCCUCAAGUUUCUGCUUCUUGAGCUCCGUCACGGUCCCUUUCGAAAACCCAAUUUUUUAUCCGUUAGGUUUGUCCGCAACGUACGGACAAUAGCGUUACUUGAAUUCUCUUUGUCCUUUUUUCCUGCAAAAUCAUGUUCCGACAACACUGUCAGCACACGUUACGUGAGUACUGUUCGUUAUUGCAGGUGCUUGUGGAUGGACCAUUCAAAUAAUCUGUUGUUAUAAUGAGUAAAAGACGUCCGUAAUUUUUUUGGGGUGUGUUGGCCCAUCUAAUGUAGCACUCCUAAAUGUUUUCCACCUCCUAAAUUGAAUGACAAUCCUGAAUAAAUCACUGAAGAGAC